AUGGCUCUCGUUCUCCUCUAUCUGAAGGCUCUCCUCUGCGUUGUCGCUUUGUGCGCUGCCGUGGCUGCUGCGAUCCCUCACGGAGGAGGACAUUCGAAUUCCUUCAGGAAGCAAGACGAUCACGGAAACUACGCUUUCGGCUAUGACAUCAAAAACGGAUAUGGGGCCGUGAAUGGUCGCAAAGAAUCUGGAUCCCACGGAGCCGUUGUCGGAUCCUACUAUAUCGGAGACGUCGAUGGCCGACACAGGAGUGUGCACUACGUAGCUGACAAACUCGGAUUCCGCGCUCAGAUCAAAACUAACGAGCCUGGAACCAAGACCUCUUAUGCCGCUGCCGCCGUCUACGAUAGUGCUAACGGUAAGGCUCCCGUGGCCCUGGCUUAUGGUGCUCCCUACGGUGCUUACGGAGGUUACGGUGGAUAUGGAGCGUACGGAGCUCCCGGUCCCUUCUACGGUUAG